CAAAGCUUCACGAGACAGACCAAUACCACCAGAAAAGCCAAAAAGGACAGGAAAGGAAAGAAAAAGAUGGCUUCUUCUCAGCAACAAUUCCGUGCAGGUGAAGGCCAUGCCAUGACUGAAGAUUGGCUUCAAUCAGCUAAAGAUACCACAACCGCUGCACGUGACAAUGUGGCCAAUACGGCUCAGAACACCAUGGAUUCUGCCCAACAAAAAAAGGACGAAUCUGCCAACUUCUUCCAGCAGACAGGAGAGCAAAUGAUGAAUAUGGCACACGGUGCUGUGGACACCGUGAAGAACACACUUGGAGUGGGUGACACCAACACCAACACCAACACCAGCAUCAGCAAGUGA